AUGAACAUACCCACAGACGCCAUUCCCGGAGGACCCCCUUCCACUGCUGGUGGACAAGAUGAAGAGGCCGCUAAACGGGCAGCCGAGCAGGAGAUGCGUAAAGACGUGAUUGCUCGGAUACUGGAACCGGCAGCAAGGGAGAGGUUGUCCAGGAUAUCACUUGUCAGUCAGCAACGUGCACAGCAAAUCGAAGCAGUCCUCAUCCGCAUGGCGCAAGGCGGCCAACUUCGAAGCAAAGUCACGGAAACGCAGCUCAUAGAUCUCCUUGAUCAGUUUGAAGAGGUGCAGGACUCUGGAAAGACGAACAAAUCGAAGAUCAUUUACCAACGACGAAAGGAUUUGGAUGACGACUUCGACAUCUGAAGAAGCGAGGCUCAAAAAAAUCUCGUCCAGUUUCGCAUCAAACACCCCUUCUUCCUCCAUUUCUUGAUAUGCGUGGUAUAAAUCCAAUGCCGAACGCGCGUCCUCGAUGGAGUCGUGGGUGUCGGUCUGGAUGUGCUUUUUCAGAACGAACCACGCCAGGAAACGAAGGGAUAACCGCCGCUGUCUUGACUUGACAAAGUAUAAGUCUACAGUGUCGAUCACCUGUUCCGGAGGCACGAAGAUAUCUGCUCAAUGGUUAUCAGCACGGUACCAGACAAUGACUGCAUUGAUUUACUGAUGAUCCUG